AAAUUUCUAUAAACAAACAUGCUGGAAAUCUCAAAUUAGAAAAUUGAAAAAGCAAUGUGAUUAUGUGAAUUGUGAAGCAUAUAAAACAAUGUAUUUACCUUCACCUGCACACAGCCAUGUUUUAGCUGCCAUAGCUCAUCUCACCUCCGCCUAAUCUCCGCCGCUCCUGACGGCCGAUUUUUCCUCAUUUUCAGUCAGCACUCACCACAUUAUUUUAAAGUAGCCGGAUAGCGAUGUUCGGAAGCGCAGAGAUGUCGGUUGAGAGCUUUUUGCCUAAUGGGAAAUCGCCGGAGCAUUUGUCCCCUGCGGAUGGGGAAUCUUUCGAUCCAGCGGCGGUGGUGGCGGAGCCGGUCCCACCGGUGGUCGAAUCAAACGGCAAGAUUGGGGAGAAGGCACGGGAGAUAGUCAUGGGGAGGAACGUGCACACCACGUGCCUGGAGGUGACAGAGCCUGAAGCAGACGACGAGUUUACCGGCGAUAAGGACGCGUACAUGGCCAGUGUGCUGGCGAGGUACCGCAAGACGCUCAUGGAACGUACCAAGCACCAUUUAGGAUAUCCAUACAAUUUGGACUUCGACUAUGGUGCACUUUCCCAGUUGCAGCAUUUCUCAAUUAACAACCUCGGAGAUCCUUUUAUUGAGAGCAAUUAUGGCGUCCACUCGAGACAAUUUGAAUUGGGUGUUCUGGAUUGGUUUGCCCGUCUUUGGGAAAUCGAAAAGAAUGAUUACUGGGGAUACAUAACAAACUGUGGAACCGAGGGAAACCUUCACGGCAUCCUUGUCGGGAGAGUGGUGUUUCCUGAUGGAAUUUUAUAUGCUUCGAAAGAGUCCCAUUACUCUUUGUUCAAAGCCGCAAGAAUGUACCGAAUGAGCUGCGUAAAAAUUGCAACUUUGGUCACUGGAGAGAUUGACUGCGCAGAUUUUAAAAAGGCGCUUCUUUCUAACAAGGACAAACCAGCUAUCAUCAAUGUCAACAUUGGAACUACUGUGAAAGGGGCUGUCGAUGAUCUCGAUCUUGUGAUACAGACACUCGAGGAAUGUGGAUUUUCCCAAGAUAGGUUUUACAUCCAUUGCGAUGGCGCUCUGUUUGGGCUCAUGAUGCCCUUUGUUAAAAAGGCCCCAAAAGUCUCAUUCAAGAAGCCCAUCGGCAGUGUGAGUGUGUCGGGCCACAAGUUUGUGGGCUGCCCCAUGCCAUGUGGGGUCCAGCUCACGCGUCUCAACCACAUCAAUGCCCUCUCAAGUAACGUCGAGUAUCUCGCCUCCCGAGAUGCCACCAUAAUGGGCAGCCGCAAUGGACAUGCACCAAUCUUCCUUUGGUACACUCUCAACCGUAAGGGCUACAAAGGCUUCCAGAAGGAGGUCCAGAAAUGCCUUCGAAACGCGCAUUACCUCAAAGACCGUCUCAUUCAAGCCGGGAUUAGUGCCAUGCUCAACGAGCUCAGCAGCACUGUUGUUUUCGAGCGGCCGCGUGACGAGGAGUUCGUUCGCCGCUGGCAGCUGGCGUGUGAAGGGAACAUGGCUCAUGUGGUGGUGAUGCCGAGCGUGACUGUUGAUAAAUUGGAUUAUUUUCUUAAGGAGUUGAUUGAGGGGCGUUCGAGUUGGUAUAAGGAUGGGAGUGUCGAGCCGCCGUGCAUGGCAGCAGAUAUCGGGAGUGAGAACUGUUGUUGUGCUGUUCACAAGUGAUGCGUCGUUUUUCGUGACGAU